AUGAACUGCAGCAAGGCCCCUGACUUUGUCCUCUUGGGGUUGUCCAAUGAUCCUGAGCAACGGCAGUUCUUCUUUGGUGUCUUCCUAGCCAUCUACUUGCUGGGCCUCCUAGGCAACUUGCUACUUCUGCUGGCUAUUGGUACUGACAUUCACCUACACACUCCUAUGUACUUCUUCCUUGGCCAGCUUUCUCUGGUGGAUCUCUGCUUCACUUCCACCACAGCUCCCAAAAUGCUGGAGACUUUGUGGACCAGUAAUGGAUCUAUCUCUUUCUUUGGAUGCCUGGCCCAAUUAUACUUCUUUGCUGUAUUUGCUGAUAUGGACAGCCUGCUUUUGACUGCCAUGGCUAUCGAUCGCUAUGCUGCUAUCUGUCAUCCUCUGCGUUACCCACUCCUGAUGACUCCUUGCAGAUGUGGCCUGCUGGUGGUUGGGUCAUGGGGAAUGGCCCACUCCAUCUCUCUGGUCCAUACCCUAUUGCUAUCCCAGCUAUCCUUCUAUAUGAAUCAAGAGAUUCCCCACUUCUUCUGUGAUCUAGGCCCACUCUUAGGGCUCUCCUGCUCUGAUGCCCACCUCAAUGAGGAACUAGUGAUGGCUCUCACUGGGCUUUUAGGAAUCUGUCCUCUCCUUUGUAUUAUAAGCUCUUAUGCCUAUAUUUUCCAUGCUGUAGCUAGGGUUCCAUCUGCAAAGGGGAAAAAGAAAGCUCUGGCUACAUGCAGCUCCCACCUCUCCACAGUCAUCCUAUUUUACAGCACAGUCUUUGCUGCUUAUCUGAAGCCGCCAUCAAAGUCUCAUUCUUCUGGGGAGGUAGUCACUGCUGUCAUGUAUACCCUGGUAACCCCCACUAUCAACCCUUUCAUUUAUAGUCUGAGAAAUAAAGAUGUGAGGAGUUCUCUGAAAAGGAUUCUGGGCAUGGAGAGUUCUCAGGAUUAG